AGAUGCUGCCUGGUCAGUGCGGGGGCCGGCCGGGCGCGGUCCUAAGGCCCGGGCACCUGCCGGAGGCCAGGCGCUUGGCCCCGAGGGGCGAACCAGGGCAGCGGCUCUGCAGCCCUCCAGCCUCCUCUCCUGGGCGCCUCGCUCUCCUUUCUGGACCGAGGGGUCUGAGUGACCGUGCGCCCCCCGGAGAGCCAGGCCCGGCCUGGGGGCGUCAGCGGCAGGCUGACCUGGAACUGCUGCCCCGGGCCACCGCCUUGCGCCAGGUAAACAGGCGGCGCGGGUUAAGCUUGGCCCGGGAGGUCUCCGUGGUCACUCGGGCACAGCUGAGGACGGACUGGGGAGGGGGCGUGUAAAACACUGCCUGCCUAGGCCAAGUGACUGCUUUGGGCUACUCAGAUCUGGGACGCUCCACCUUGAGGGUUUCAGCACGUCUCUUCCACGCUGGGCCUCAGUUUCUCCACGUGAGAAUUGAGAGUUUAGAUGAACUCCCUACAGACCCUCAUGCUGUGAAUAUCUGACAUUGCAAGGUCUGUCUGUGCCUGGUUCAACAUGCGGGGCAGUUUUACUGAAGACAUUUUUCCCCCUUCCAGAUGUAGACUUUUUAACCACUUCGUGCACUUCGUCUCAGGGAGAUUUAAAAUGAUUCCCAGAAGCGUUUUCUUGGAAAUAGCUUUACUGACCCUUCGUCGUCCCUCGCUGUCGUCCACAGAUUUCCUGUGGAGAGUUUUGCAUGCAAGCAUUUUGCCGUUUGUAUUUGCUCAUUUUCUCUUUGUUCCUUAGUCGAGGCUGUUUUUGCUUCACAUCUGGAUUAUUGCAACAGCUUCUUAGCUGGUCUCUGACUCCAGAGGUUUCACCCUCCCCCAUCCUUCCUUUAUGCUAACGCCAAACUUAGUAUAGGAAGUAAAAAAAAAUAGUUGACUGCUUGCUUGCUUAGUAAAUGUCAAAAUGCUGUGAGUGGUGGACGAAAGGAGUCGAAAGCAGCCUAUCCCAACCCAGGCUUUACACUGGAUGUUCAGACAUUGCCUGUGGAAAGGUAAUGUCCAUGAGACAAGAUCGUGUGCUAUAGAGAGGUAUAGGUCACUAGGGGCGGCGGUGGGGCUUAGCGAGGAGGUGGUACUUGAACUGGGUGGUAAAGGAAGAGCAGGAUUCAUAUUGGGGGCAAAAAAAGAUCCUAUGGAAUUAGUGACUAGACCAGCCCUCUGGCUGAGGGCUAAGAUGGGAAAGGAGUAAGAGGAGAGAUUGAUUAGGCUCGGUUCCUGAAAGAUCUUGGACACUAGGCCAAAGUUAAAACUAUCCUAGAAGCAGGCGUAUUUCAGCAACGUGUGUGUGUGUGUGUGUGUGUGUGUGUGUGUGUGUGUGUGUGUUUUGCAGGAGGUGGAUAGUAUCCUGCCUGUUUGUGGUGUCUAGCCUUUGCUGCUCCCCCCAUCCCCGUUCAAGGGUCUUUCAGGUUUGGCUUUACCCUCACCUAAACCUCACUUUUUCCUGGCCUCUGCUUCUCCAAGUUUGCCCAGGUUAUGACCCUCUAGGGCUGUUGGUCCAGCCCUCUGAGCACAUUCUCCAUUUCACUUCCUUCAAGCCCCUGCUGAAGAUAUACUUCCUCCAAAGGGUGUUCCCUCACCGCCCUACCCCCAUGCCUUUGUGGCACUGGGACUCUGCAGCAAGCUUCCUUGGUUGUUGAGCUUGUCCUGGCCCGGCUGGAGCAGGAGUUUUGUUUGAAGACCCAGCCUGUUAAUACUUCUUUCAGACUCUUCUGCUACGUGAUGCUGGAACUGGAAUUUUGAUAAUAGGUCCUCAAAUAGUUCUUGAUUUUUGUUGGUAAACAACUUUUUUUUUCUUAAAGGAGAAGCUGUUUAGUUAUUAGCUUUCUCUGUCCUCCGUAACUACUGGUGUUUAAUGCUGCAAUUCCAGGUGGAUGUUUUCAACUUUAUUCUCACAUGCAAAAAGCACAGAAAAAAAUUCUGUGAAACGUUAGUAUUUAUUUCUGAUCCCAGGGAAAGAAAAAAAAAGUGUAAUUCUUGAGGCUAAGGCUGUAGGGGGAGAAAGUCAGGUCUGGGAUCAGGUCUGGAUUUGAGUCUCAGCACAGACACUCAAUAGCUAUGUGAAGCUGAGUGGUUUAUCACAUUCUCUGAGCCUGCCUUUUCUUUCGUUCUUUUCUUGGUUGGUGCUGAAGAGUUAGCCCAGGGCCUGGCACAUGCUAGGCAAAUGCUCUACCCUUGAGUUACAUCCCCAGCUUGAGCCUGCCUUUUCUUACUUGUAAUGUGUAAUAAAGUCUGCAUUGUAGCAUUGUUACAGGUGUGUGUGUGCUGGAGUCCAGGGUUGAGGAUCCUUUUCCACCGCUCUCUCCCAUCUCCACUUUAUUCUUUUGAGACAGGGUCUCUCAUUGUAUCUGGAGCUCACUAUUCAGCCAGACUGAUUGGUCCUCGCCGUCCAGUGCUGGGGUUACAGAGCAUGAGCCUCUGUGUGGCAUUUUACACGGGUGCUGAGAGUUCAGACUCAGGCCCUCAUGCUUGCAUGGUAAGCACCUUACGAACCAAGCCCUCUCCACAGCCUCUGUGGAUUUUUAAUGAAGAUGGCACACAAAGGAGGCGGCAGAGCUUCGGAACUGCUGAAGACAUUUUAUAUGAUUAGGUGUGGUGUUUCAGAGUGGAGGGAAGAUGGGCUGCCAAGCUCUGUCUGGCCAAUACACAUGUCUCUGUUCUGUCUUCCAGAUGAAGCAAGAAUGUCAAGUAUUGUGACCCUAGAGUCCCGUCAUAUAUAUUUCCACUAAUUUUCAUGUUACUUUAGUUGAAAUUCUGUUUCAUGCUUCCAAACUUCUUAAUUGUGUCCAUUUAAUGUUUUGUAGCUGACAAACUGCUGCAUUUAGCUUAGUGAAGGUCACCAGCUGAGCGCAGUUAAGCUUCUAAUGGUUGUUUUCUGUUGAUGUUGCUGGCAUGGAAAGCACCCUGGAAGAAUGCAGUUCAAGGUGAAUUAAUGGAGAAAUGGAAGAUAAAGACUAAGCAAGAGGAAGAAUGUUCAGGCAGACCUUAGGAGUGCUAGCUUCGGAGUUGAUGUGAGCUCGUAUUUACGUUGCUCGAUCUUGCUGAGGAGCUCUGGCGAAUUACGGAUGCUCUUUGUCUCUGCAGAUUGCGUCUCGUGUCAGUAGAAAUGGACAGCAGCAGUUUCAUUCAGUUCGACGUGCCUGAGCACAGCAGCACCGUUCUGAGCCAACUAAAUGAGCUCCGCCUGCAAGGGAAGCUAUGCGACAUCAUCGUCCACAUUCAGGGUCAGCCAUUCCGAGCCCACAAAGCCGUCCUUGCUGCCAGCUCCCCGUAUUUCCGGGACCAUUCAGCGUUGAGCACGAUGAGUGGCUUGUCGAUCUCUGUGAUUAAGAACCCCAGCGUGUUUGAGCAGUUGCUCUCCUUCUGUUACACUGGAAGAAUGUCCUUGCAGCUGAAGGACGUUGUCAGUUUUCUGACCGCAGCCAGCUUUCUUCAGAUGCAGUGUGUCAUUGACAAGUGCACGCAGAUCCUGGAGAGCAUCCACUCAAAGAUCAGUGUGGGAGACGUCGACUCUGUCACCAUUGGUGCUGAAGAGAAUCCCGAGAGCCGGAAUGGGGUGAAAGAUGGCAGCUUCUUCGCCAAUCCUGUUGAGAUCUCCCCUCCAUAUUGCCCUCAGGUACGGCAGCCUCCGGUCAGCAGCGAUCUCCGGAUGGAGACGACCCCCAACAAAGCCCUUCGGAGCCGCUUACAGGAAGAGGGGCACUCAGAUCGGGGGAGCAGUGGCAGUGUGUCUGAGUAUGAGAUUCAGAUCGAAGGGGACCACGAGCAAGGGGACUUGUUGGUGAGGGAGAGCCAGAUCACUGAGGUGAAAGUGAAGAUGGAGAAGUCUGACCGGCCCAGUUGUUCCGACAGCUCCUCCUUAGGGGAUGAUGGCUACCACACAGAGAUGGUUGAUGGGGAACAAGUUGUGGCUGUGAACGUGGGUGCCUAUGGCUCUGUGCUCCAGCAUGCAUAUCCCUACUCCCAGGCAGCCUCACAGCCUUCCAACAUGCCAGAAGCUUUUGGAGGCCAGAGUAAUUCCAGCCCAUCCAGGUCCAUGCUGAGCUGCUUCCGAGGCCGUGGUGCCCGCCAAAAGCGGGCUCUGUCUGGUCACCUGCACAGUGACCUGCAGGGAGUGGUGCAGGGGUCUGACAGUGAAGCCAUGAUGAGCAAUCCCAGUUAUGAGAGCAGUCCCCGGGAGAGGAGUGCAAGGGGUUACUGGUACCCCUACAACGAGAGGUUGAUCUGUAUUUACUGUGGGAAAUCCUUUAACCAGAAGGGAAGCCUCGACAGGCACAUGCGACUGCAUAUGGGAAUCACCCCCUUUGUGUGCAAGUUCUGUGGGAAGAAGUACACACGCAAGGACCAGCUGGAGUACCACAUCCGGGGCCACACCGAUGACAAACCAUUCCGCUGUGAGGUCUGCGGGAAGUGCUUUCCAUUCCAGGGCACCCUCAACCAGCACCUUCGGAAAAACCACCCGGGUGUCACCGAGGUCAGGAGUCGCAUGGAGUCCCCCGAGAGAACAGAUGUGUAUGUGGAACAGAAACUGGAAAGUGAGGUGUCAGCCUCAGAAAUGGCUCUAGAUUCCCGAAUGGAAAUCCACACGGUAUCUGAUGCGCCUGACUAAGGUGAUGGAGAACGCGCCCCUGAACAAAGCACAUCAGUCCGUG